UCUCAACUUCAGACAUCUCUCUUUUUAGAUCAUACGAGUGAGAAAUUAUGUCUGGAACGAAGAUAUCCCUCGAUAAAGAAGCCUUUUUUCGGAGGAUAAAGAGAUUAUACUCAUCGUGGAAGACUGAAAACGUCAAGCAAGAAAAUGGCACACAUUUCCCGCACGUUGGAGCGAUCGUGAUUGCAGUUGGUCAAGAUGAGGAUGUAAUAUACAGCAAAUCGACUGCCAUCCAACAAUGGUUAUUUGGCUACGAGUUAGCUGACACUGUCACAGUUCUUUGUGGAUCAACCAUGCAUUUCUUGGCCAGUAAGAAGAAAAUUGACUUUCUAAAAGCACUACAAGAUGCGCAGAAGAAGCACGAAGGAACUCCAUUGAUUGAGCUCCAUCUCAGAAAUAAAGCAGAUCAGGAUAAGGCUAAUUUUGACACGUUGCUUGAAGCAAUCAAGAAGGAAGGUGAAGGGAAAGCAGUUGGAGUUUUUAUCAAAGACAAUUUUCAAGGCCAGUUCAUGGAAGGAUGGAAAGAGGCCUUUGAUGCCGAGUCGUUUGAAAAGGUUGACAUCAGUAAUGGCAUGGCUUAUGUGAUGGCCGUCAGGGAAGACAUUGAAUUAGUUAAUGUCAAGAAAGCGGCGCAGGUCUCGUCAGACAUAUUUAACAAGUAUUUCAAAAAUCAAAUCAUGGAGAUUGUGGAUGAAGAAAAGAAAGUCAAACAUUCRAAAUUAGCAGAUAAUAUAGAGGGUGCUUUGGAAUCGAAGAARUAUCUUCAGCCUGGUAUGGAUCCUGAACAGGUUGAGAUGUGUUACUCCCCUAUCAUACAGAGUGGUGGAAAAUUUACUUUGAAAUUCAGUACUGUAAGUAACGAUGACAAGAUGAAUUAUGGUGUCAUAAUCUGUUCGCUUGGUGUUCGAUACAAGUUUUACUGUUCCAAUAUUGUGCGAACAAUGAUGGUUGAACCAACUGAGGAAAUGCAAGAAAACUAUACAUUUCUGCUAGCUAUUUUGGAUUUGCUUAUCGACAAGUUAAGACAUGGCAUUAAACUGUGUGAUGUUUACAAAGCAGCGAUGGAUCAUAUUACUCAAAAUAAACCACAAUUACAAAACAACUUUGUCAAGAAUGUAGGGUUUGCUAUGGGUAUUGAGUUUAGAGAAGGUUCAUUGUUAAUAACAUCUAAAAACUCUCAAACAGCCAAGAAAGGCAUGGUAUUCAACAUCAGUGCUGGAUUCUCUGGUUUGGUCAACGAUAAAGCAAAAGAUGAACAAAACAAGAGUUAUGCUCUCUUUGUUGGCGACACAGUGCUCAUAAAUGAGGACUCUGCAGCAACUAUUCUCACACCUGCCAAGAAAAAAAUCAGCAGCAUUGGAAUAUUUCUUAAGGAUGAAGAUGACGAGGACGAUGAUAAACAAGAAAAUGGAGAGGGUGAAGAUACAUUACUGAUUGCAGGAGAAGGCAAAGGAACCGUACUAGAAAGUAGAACAAGAACUGAGCUGACMGCAGAGGACAAAAGACGAGCMCAUCAACAAGARCUUUCAGAACAACUCCAUGAAGAAGCCAGACGGCGUCUUCUUGAAGCUAAGGGAGAAAUAAGCAAACCCACCAAAGUCAAACCAUCCAAUGUGGCAUACAAGACCUCUGCAGCUAUACCAAAGGAAAACGAUGUCAGGGAACUGAAACUGUUUGUUGACAAGAAAAGCGAGGCCAUUAUUCUUCCUCUGUUUGGUAUUCCAACACCAUUCCACAUCUCAACCAUAAAGAACAUCAGUUCAAGUGACGAGGGAGGAUAUACUUAUCUGCGUAUCAAUCUCUACUGUCCUGGGAGCUCUGUUGGUAGACCUGAAGGAAAUCUCUUUCCACAACCUGAAGCUACCUUUGUAAAAGAAGUAACGUUCCGUAGCUCCAACUCCAAGGCUCCAGGCUCAGCACAGGUUCCUGCRCAGAAUCUCAACACUGCUUUCAGACUUAUCAAAGAAGUACAGAAGAAAUUCAAGACAAGAGAAGCUGAGGAAAGAGAGAAACAGGGUGUUGUUCAACAAGGUGACUUGAUCCUAAACCAUACUAAAGGCAACCCAAAACUAAAAGAUCUUUACAUCAGACCAAGUUUAACAAGCCGGAGGUCUCCCGGAAUGCUUGAAGCACAUAGUAACGGAUUCAGGUUUUCAACUUUCCGUGGCGAGAGAGUCGAUAUUUUGUAUGGCAAUGUGAAACAUUCUUAUUUCCAGCCCUGUGAUGGCGAAAUGAUAAUCUUGAUCCAUUUUCAUCUUAAGCAUCCUAUUAUUAUCGGUAAAAAGAAAUACCGAGAUAUCCAGUUCUAUACUGAGGUCGGCGAGAUAACGACAGAUCUUGGUAAACACCAACAUAUGCAUGACAGAGAUGACUUACAAGCGGAACAGGCUGAGAGAGAAAUGAGACAGCGUCUUAAAGCYGUGUUUAAAAAUUUUAUUGACAAAGUUGAGGGRCUUACGCACGGCCAGGUCGAGUUUGAUGUUCCAUUCAGAGAACUCGGGUUCUCAGGGGUACCGUUCCGAAGUACAGUGCUUUUACAACCAACUACGCAUUGUUUAGUCAAUCUUACAGAACAGCCCGUAUUUAUAAUUACCCUGGACGAAGUUGAGUUGGUUCACUUCGAACGUGUUCAGUUUCAUUUAAAGAACUUCGACAUGGUAUUCAUUUUCAAAGACUACAAACGUAAGGUGGAGCAUAUCAAUGCUAUACCUAUGACGUCUUUGGAUUCCGUCAAAGAAUGGUUAAACUCGUGUGAUAUCAAGUACACUGAGGGCAUUCAAAGUUUAAACUGGUCUAAAAUCAUGAAAACUAUUAACGACAACCCUGAAGAAUUCCUGGAAAACGGUGGAUGGAGCUUCCUGGACCCACAGAGCGACAACGAAGCUGGCAGCAGUGAAGAUGAAACGGCGAGCGAAUACGCACCUACAGAGUCAGAAGACGAGGUUUCCGAAGAAGAAGAUUUCUCUUCCGAAACUGUAACGUCAGAGGAUGGAUCAGACUUCGAGGAGGAACUUGGUAGUGAAGAAGAGAGUGGGAAGGACUGGUCAGAUUUGGAGGCAGAGGCCGCUGAAGCCGAUCGUGAAAAGAUCGAUUACAACGACGCCCCUCCCAAGGCCAAGAAGAGAAAGAAGACAUCGUCGCCGCAUAAGAGCUCUUCUAGCAAAAAGAAACAAAAACGUCGCUGAUGAUUUCGCUCUUUGUACAUACUUUAUGAUACAGCAUUGUUGGAAGCAAUAAUUGUUUKUACCAAUGCUAUUGAUUGUGAUAMCACUCUUGGUUCUUACCGAGACUCUGACGUCACUUCCGGUUAAUUCUUGACGUCACUUCCUACGUACGAAAAGUAUAAUUUAUAUGCAGAUGUGAUCGAGCUGGACCUGRACGCGCCUUCUUUUGAGGCCGAAUGCAAAAUUAGSUCAUAUUCARCCUUCAGGAAGAGUAGAUACUUUACCCUUAAUACGACCGCCAUCUUGAAUGCUAUUGUUUUCUGUGACAGCCAUUUAUAAGGAAAGCAAUGAAGUUUGCACCUUUGAGAAUAUCGUAUAAAUAAUAUUUAUACUAUUCCCAAUUAUAUUAGAGCGUGCAAUUGUUGUCAAAAGUAACUAUGACAGUUGUCACUAUUGAAAAUUUGUAUUUUUCUCAUUCAAGAUGGCUGCCACGUAGUGCUUUGKUGCAAGUAAUAUUCGCAUUAAACAUUCAACGUUUCCAAAGAAUAGGUGUAUGCCAUCGUCACAUGAACUUCACCACAAUUUCAAGAUAUAAAACACCACUUUUAUGCUGCUUAGCGAAAAACAAAGCGAUUUUCACUUGUAAAUUUAUAAAUGUAACAAAAUACUGAUUUGCUUUGAAAACGAAAAAAAUUAUAACAACAGAGUCACCACWAUAGUAACUGAGUUGAGCAUYGUUUCUUGUGAUGAGUUCUUUUCUGCCACAGGGUAACCGUGACCAGGGUGGAGUUAGUAUUAAAAUGUAUCUACAGAUAGACCAAUAAAAACGCUUCUUUAAAUCA